UUCACUUUGAAUUUCAACAACCAACUUUUAAAUCUGGUCAUUGCUCACAAUUGCAUGCAUGCCACUAUAUAUAUACACACAUCAACACCAUUGUUUCAUCAUUUUAACCUUCUACUAUUUUUCUCUUACUUCAUUUCCACUCUCCAUAAUAGAUUCUCAGAUAAGUGCUUUUUUUUUUUCUCUUCAAACUUUGUCAUUUUAGCAUUCAAAGUUUUUUUUUGUGCCUUCUUUCUGUUCUUUCUAUGGAGUAUCACCUUUUGUUGAUUCUUUGCUUUUCUACAUUAUUAUAUGUUACUUCUGCUGCAUUGAAUUUUGAGGGUUUAUCUCUAUUAUCACUCUUGAGCCACUUUACUGUUGUGCCUGCUAACAUAAGCUCCACAUGGAAUUCCUCUCAUUCCACUCCAUGUUUAUGGAAUGGAGUUCAGUGUAAUCAUGACCUAAAUGUAAUAUCUAUAAACCUAAGUAAUUAUUCACUUUUUGGUCAAUUAGGACCUGAAAUUGGAAAUUUAGUUCACCUUGAAACCCUAGAUGUGUCAAUCAAUGAUCUCUCUGGAGAAAUUCCACCACAGUUAAGCAAUUGUAGUAUGCUUCAGUACAUUGAUCUUUCUGUAAACAACUUCGGUGGUGAAAUUCCACCGGAGUUGAGCAAUUGUAGUAUGCUUCAGUACAUGGAUAUUUCUGUAAACAACUUCAGUGGUGAAAUUCCUCAAUCCUUGUUUGAUAUAAAUCAAUUGCAAGAUUUGUAUCUCAAUAAUAACAGUUUAAGUGGUUCGAUCCCGGCUAGUAUUGGAAACCUUACUAACCUUUACUCGUUCAAUUUUGAGAGUAAUCAGUUGUCAGGGGAAAUUCCUGAAUCCAUUGGAAAUUGUAGUCAAUUGAGUUUCAUAGUUUUGGAUUCUAAUAAAUUGGAGGGAGUUAUUCCUGAGAGUCUAAACAAUCUAAAAGAACUUUCUUAUUUAAGUGUCAAUUUUAAUAACCUUGAAGGUACCAUUCAAUUAGGGUUGAGAAAUUGCAAAAAUCUAAAAUAUUUGAGUCUUUCAUACAAUAAUCUUAGUGGUGCUAUACCAUCGAGUUUAGGGAAUUGCAGUGGUCUAGUAGAGUUCUUUGCUGCAAAGAAUCAGUUACAUGGUAACAUACCAUCAAGCUUUGGUCUGCUUCACAAUCUUUCUAAGCUAGUAAUUCCGGUGAAUCUUUUGUCUGGGAAUAUACCGCCACAAAUUGGUAAUUGCAAGUCAUUGGAAAGGUUACAUUUGUAUACCAAUCGACUAGAUGGAGAAAUUCCUAGUGAAUUGGGAAAAUUGAGUAAGUUACGCGAUCUUCGAUUGUAUGAAAACCUUCUGGUGGGGGAAAUUCCAGUUAGCAUAUGGAAAAUUCAAAGCCUUGAGCAUGUUCUUUUGUAUAAUAAUAGUCUCUCGGGGGAGCUACCUUUAGAGAUGACUGAGCUCAAAAAUCUCAAGAACAUAUCAUUGUUUUACAACCGAUUCUCUGGAGUUAUACCUCAAACCUUAGGAAUUAAUAGCAGUUUGGUGCAGUUGGAUUUUGUGUUUAACAUGUUCAAUGGUACGCUUCCACCAAAUCUUUGUUUUGGGAAGCGAUUAGCGAGGCUUAAUAUGGCUGGCAAUCAAUUUAUUGGAAGGAUACCUUCUGAUGUAGGAAGGUGUACAAGUCUCAGAAGGGUGAGACUCGGAGGUAACUAUUUUACGGGUCCUCUUCCUGAUUUUGAAACGAAUUCGAGUAUCGGUUACAUGGAUAUCAGCAACAACAAUAUCAACGGAACAAUUCCAUCAAGCUUGAGUAACUGCACAAAUCUGUCUCUUUUAGAUCUGUCCAUGAACAGGUUAACGGGUUCUGUACCUUUAGAGCUUGGAAACCUUGUGAAUCUCCAGAGUUUGUAUCUUUCUUACAAUAACUUAGAAGGUCCUUUGCCACCUCAACUGUCAAAGUGUACCAAAAUGAGUAGUUUUGAUGUGGGAUUCAAUCUCCUUAAUGGUUCGUUUCCAUCGAGUUUCCAGAGCUGGACAACAUUAACCAUUUUAAUUCUCAGAGAGAAUCGUUUUAGUGGGGGAAUCCCAGCUUUCUUGUCGGAAUUUGAAAAUCUUGUUGAGUUAAAACUUGGUGGAAAUAAUUUUGGUGGAAAUAUUCCUAUAUCAAUUGGAAAAUUGCAGAAUUUGCGGUAUGAUUUAAACCUAAGUGCUAAUGGACUAGUAGGCAAGCUUCCUACAGAGAUUGGAAAUCUGAAGAGUCUGCUAAAACUGGAUCUAUCUUGGAACAAUUUGACAGGAAGCGUACAACUUUUCGACGAGCUCAGUUCGUUAUCCGAAUUAAACAUUUCAUACAAUUCUUUUGAAGGCUCUGUAUCACAAAAACUGAUGAAGUUAUCGAAUUCUGCUCAAUCAUUUUUGGGAAAUCCGGGCCUGUGUGUUAGCCUUUCGUUAUCCAAUGCUUUGAAUUUCGCAAGAAGCAGCAAUUUAAGGUUAUGUAAUGUCGACGACACAAAAUCAAAAAAGCUCAGUAAAGUUGCAAUUGUAGUGAUAGCAUUUGGAUCCUUGAUACUUGCUGUACUCUUGUUAGGACUAAUUUAUAUAUUUCUAAUCAGAAGGUCUAAGCAGGAAGCCAUCAUCGCCGAGGAAAAUGAUUCUUCAAACCUUCUCAAGAAAGUGAUGGAAGCUACACAGAAUCUAAAUGAUGAGUAUAUUAUAGGCAGAGGAGCUGCAGGUGUUGUUUACAAAGCUGUAAUUAGUGCAGACAAAAUUUUGGCAGUGAAGAAGCUUGUCUUCGGUGAGGAUGAACGAAAACGCAUAAGCAUGUUAAGAGAAGUUGAAACACUUUCAAAGGUUAGGCAUAGAAAUUUGGUGAGACUUGAACAUGUUUGGUUGAGAGAGAAUUAUGGUCUAAUCUCAUACAAAUACAUGCCAAAUGGAAGCCUUUAUGACGCUUUGCACGAGAAGAAUCCGUCGCAGUCCUUAAAAUGGAACGUAAGGAAUAAGAUAGCUGUUGGAAUUGCUCAGGGAUUGGUUUAUCUUCAUUUUGACUGUGAUCCUGUCAUAGUUCAUAGAGACAUCAAAACAAGCAAUAUACUUUUAGAUUCUGAAAUGGAGCCUCAUGUUACUGAUUUCGGUCUUGCUAAGAUUUUGCACCGAUCUUCUAGUUCUACCUCAUCACAGUCAAUAAAUGUUUCUGGCACACUUGGUUAUAUUGCACCAGAGAAUGCUUAUACAAGAGCAAAGGGUAAGGAAUCUGAUGUAUACAGUUAUGGUGUGGUUUUGCUUGAGUUGAUAUCAAGAAAAAAGGCAAUAGAUCCAUCAUUUAUGGAAGGAAUGGAUAUAGUUACUUGGGUGAGAUCUUUGUGGGAAGAAGCAGGAGUUGUUGAUGAAAUUGUUGAUACAGAACUUGCCAAUGAAAUUUCAAAUUCUAAUGAUGUGAUGAAGGAAGUAACCAAAGUGCUUUUGGUGGCUUUGAGAUGUACAGAAAGUGAUCCACGUAGGAGACCUACAAUGAGAGAUGUUAUCAAGAAUUUGUAGAUGAUGCAAGCACAAAAUAUAGAGUUUGAUGUGAACAAAAUAUAUAGUUUUCUUAAGGCUUAUACAGCUCAUGAUGUGUUAUUCUAUCUGUAUAUAAUACUAGAUUAAACCCAAUAGAUAUUGUGUUCAAAUUUGUUUAGUUAUUGAAAUUUCAUAGUUAUACAUUUUU